AUUUUUAAUUAUUAAUAUAAAGGAUGGACGACUUAAGUGUGUUUCUGCUCAACUGUGAUUUGAUACACCUUUAUGGAUCGCUAAAUGAUCAGGGCGCGGAUCUUGAUUUUUUGUUAAAAGCAAAUGACCAUGAACUGUCGACAUUGGUCCCAGCAAUAGUUCAGAAAGGAAAACUGCGCAUGGCGUUAGAUCGUGAGAGAGAACGCAGAGGAGUUGAAAAUGAUCAGAGGAAUGUAGAUGUACAGCAAGUUAUAGCUCCAAUCAAAAAGCAAGACUCCUUUGUGAUUCCAUCAAGUAGCCAAAAAUCUAGUUUAUCCUCUGUUGCUACAACAUCAACUGAAUUAGUGGUAAUUAUAAUAAUAUUUAUCUAUACUCGUUUCGUUAUAUGUUGGAGAACAUGA